GCGUUUGUUGACUGUGAAGGAGAGUGAAGUGGCGGAUCUGAGAGAGGAGAAGCGUCAUUUACGAGACGAAGUGAAUGAGUUGAGGGAGACUGUAGAGGCAGAACGACGUGAUUUGGACAUGAUGCGUGCAAAUAUGGAUGUGUUGGAGAGCAAGGAAGAGGUGUCGGCGAUGAGCGUGGAGUGUCGUGGACCGAAGGUUGCUGCUGCUGCUGCUGCUGCUGCUGCUGCUGUGGAGGAGGAGUGUGUGCAGACGGAGAUUGACGACGAAGUUUUUGACCUGGUGUCGACGUUGCAGCUCGAGGUUGCCCAUCUGCGUGAGGAAAAUGCGGCGACGUUGGCGGCUCUGGAGCGUUCACAGCUCGAGUUGAGCAUGAAACAGACCGAAGUGCAGGAACCGGAGUCACGUAUGAUGGUGAACGAGACAACUUGUUGGAUUCCUUGUGAGACUGUGAGAAAGGCGCCCGAUGUGGUUGUCCGUGAGUUGGCAGAGGUUGAUGACACAGACAGAGUGGAGGCAGACGUGUUUGCCGGAGUUCCUGACAUGCAGCUGGUGGAGACCGUUGCAAGCGACUCAGUGUCAGGCAUUGUGCCUGAUCGAAUGGACAGACAAACUACGGACUUGUGUGUUGAGGGCGUUUCGAACGAGGAAGUGGUCUUGCCCAUUCACGCCACUCAGAGUUGGACGAAACCGCCGAGUGAACAAGACAAUGACGAUCCCGAACUUGCCCUGUUGAAUACAGACAGCCUAAGAACGCGAUUGAAGGAGGCCAUGAGCAGAAUCUGCGAACUUGAGAAUGCCAAGACAGAGUUGAGUGUGCGUCUGCGUGAGCUGGAAGGCGUUAUGAUGUGUGAAGAUAAGCCGAUGGAUGUGAUGCCUCUUAGUUCUCGUGUGCCUGACCGGUCGAUGAAAGUGACGGACGAAGCUGAUGCACUGUCGAAGCACAACAAAGAGCUGAUGACAGAGGUAGACUUGUUACGAAGUAAGAUUUCAGAGCGCGUGACACUGUUGGACGAUGUGUGCAUGGAGAUGGAUGAGGUCAGAGGAUCACUGGGUUUCUUGUUGAAGCAGGUGAGAGAAUUGCGUGCAGCACAUGCUGAGGCGAAUGCUGACCGCGCCGAAAUGGCGAACAGAAUGAGUGAGUACGAACGGGUUUCACAUCGCCUGUGCGAAACAGUUGGUCGAUCCACGUCACCAGUGCAAGACAUCGACUAUGCACACGAAGGCUCGUCGACUGACCGUUGCACAUCAGACGGGUUGCGAGAGGAUUUGCAGCGUGCACUGGAUACACAAUCGUUCGAGCUGGAGGCAGUCACUGAGAAACUGAAAGAAUGUGAGUCAAUGAACAAUGCCCUGAUCUGUGAGUGUGAGUCGCUGAAGCGUCGUCUAGAGAGUUAUAUGACUGUGAUUACUGACUUGGAGAAUGAUGUGACCAAGACGAAAGCACUGUUGGCGUUUGUGGUUGACCAUAUAAGAGGUCUGCGUUCCGACUAUGGAGAUUGGUGCAGAGAGCACGAACAACGAGUGCAGGAGUGUUUAGAUGCCGUCACAACAGGGUUGUCCCAUGGUGUGGUUGAACACGUGGACCGUGAGUGUGAGACAAUGACAUGGCCAGAACACUUGGAGUCUACUGUUAUGCUUGAUAGCUUUGUGCGACUACAAGAGUCUCAUGAAGUGACGUCGAUGCAGAGAGGACAAGAUUGGGAUUCGGAAAGUGAGAUGAGCAGACUGUGCGACCGGAACCGUGAGCUGUCUGAGGAGCUCUGCAAGUGUCGAGACCUGUGUGAUAAGCAGGCAUCUGAGAUGGUGUUGAUGCAAACAGCUCUUCGUCAGGCAGUCGAACAGGCGUCAACUGCCCGAGAGGAACUGGAGGCCUAUAGACACGAGAAGGUUUGCGCAAUGUCAGAUCUGGAGAGUCAACUGUCUGCUUCUCGUGACGAGUGUUCUGCACUACGGGAUCAAGUGUGUCGGCUUGAGACAUCGAUGGAAGAGCAUUGCAACACAGUGUUGGCGAUAGCCAGUCGAGACUGGGAGUCGCGCGUAAACGAAAUUGUGAGAGAACGCGACACAGCCAUGAAAGAGUUGUUGGAACUGCGUAGUAGGUUGGAUAUGGCAGACGAUGUGGACGCCAGGUUGGCAAAAACAGUGUGCAGAAGUGACAUGGGAACUGACGUGCUAGAUCGUAUGAUUGAACGUGAUAUAGCUUUGUCAUCAGGGUUCACUAGUGAUACGAGAGAGACUGUGAGCGUGGGCGUUGGUAAAGAUGCAGAGGACGACGAGUCGAAUUGCAUGGUUGUUGACGGUUGGAGCGACUACUCCUCAGAAUGCAUACACGACGAGCACAAGCCUAGUGUGUCGGUUGGUUCUCCGACUAGACUUGUGAGUGUGGCGACUCAAGCGACAGACAGCGUGUCUUGGUUGGCUACUGACACAUUGUCAACUUCAGGAUUUACCGAUCAGUCGACCGUAGAUCAGUCGACCAGGAGUCCAGUGGAGAUGACGAGAGAGAAGCUAGUGAGUUCAAGUUUGUGUGAAGAUGAGUCGAAUGUGGUUGGUCAACUGCGCGAAGAGUUGACGUCUUGUUAUGAACAGAUAGUGAAGCUGUCUAGAUCGGUGGAGGAGAGUGAUGCUUCGUUGAUGGAUGUCCGGCGUUUGUUGACUGUGAAGGAGAGUGAAGUGGCGGAUCUGAGAGAGGAGAAGCGUCAUUUACGAGACGAAGUGAAUGAGUUGAGGGAGACUGUAGAGGCAGAACGACGUGAUUUGGACAUGAUGCGUGCAAAUAUGGAUGUGUUGGAGAGCAAGGAAGAGGUGUCGGCGAUGAGCGUGGAGUGUCGUGGACCGAAGGUUGCUGCUGCUGCUGCUGCUGCUGCUGCUGUGGGGGAGGAGUGUGUGCAGACGGAGAUUGACGACGAAGUUUUUGACCUGGUGUCGACGUUGCAGCUCGAGGUUGCCCAUCUGCGUGAGGAAAAUGCGGCGACGUUGGCGGCUCUGGAGCGUUCACAGCUCGAGUUGAGCAUGAAACAGACCGAAGUGCAGGAACCGGAGUCACGUAUGAUGGUGAACGAGACAACUUGUUGGAUUCCUUGUGAGACUGUGAGAAAGGCGCCCGAUGUGGUUGUCCGUGAGUUGGCAGAGGUUGAUGACACAGACAGAGUGGAGGCAGACGUGUUUGCCGGAGUUCCUGACAUGCAGCUGGUGGAGACUGUUGCAAGCGACUCAGUGUCAGGCAUUGUGCCUGAUCGAAUGGACAGACAAACUACGGACUUGUGUGUUGAGGGCGUUUCGAACGAGGAAGUGGUCUUGCCCAUUCACGCCACUCAGAGUUGGACGAAACCGCCGAGUGAACAAGACAAUGACGAUCCCGAACUUGCCCUGUUGAAUACAGACAGCCUAAGAACGCGAUUGAAGGAGGCCAUGAGCAGAAUCUGCGAACUUGAGAAUGCCAAGACAGAGUUGAGUGUGCGUCUGCGUGAGCUGGAAGGCGUUAUGAUGUGUGAAGAUAAGCCGAUGGAUGUGAUGCCUCUUAGUUCUCGUGUGCCUGACCGGUCGAUGAAAGUGACGGACGAAGCUGAUGCACUGUCGAAGCACAACAAAGAGCUGAUGACAGAGGUAGACUUGUUACGAAGUAAGAUUUCAGAGCGCGUGACACUGUUGGACGAUGUGUGCAUGGAGAUGGAUGAGGUCAGAGGAUCACUGGGUUUCUUGUUGAAGCAGGUGAGAGAAUUGCGUGCAGCACAUGCUGAGGCGAAUGCUGACCGCGCCGAAAUGGCGAACAGAAUGAGUGAGUACGAACGGGUUUCACAUCGCCUGUGCGAAACAGUUGGUCGAUCCACGUCACCAGUGCAAGACAUCGACUAUGCACACGAAGGCUCGUCGACUGACCGUUGCACAUCAGACGGGUUGCGAGAGGAUUUGCAGCGUGCACUGGAUACACAAUCGUUCGAGCUGGAGGCAGUCACUGAGAAACUGAAAGAAUGUGAGUCAAUGAACAAUGCCCUGAUCUGUGAGUGUGAGUCGCUGAAGCGUCGUCUAGAGAGUUAUAUGACUGUGAUUACUGACUUGGAGAAUGAUGUGACCAAGACGAAAGCACUGUUGGCGUUUGUGGUUGACCAUAUAAGAGGUCUGCGUUCCGACUAUGGAGAUUGGUGCAGAGAGCACGAACAACGAGUGCAGGAGUGUUUAGAUGCCGUCACAACAGGGUUGUCCCAUGGUGUGGUUGAACACGUGGACCGUGAGUGUGAGACAAUGACAUGGCCAGAACACUUGGAGUCUACUGUUAUGCUUGAUAGCUUUGUGCGACUACAAGAGUCUCAUGAAGUGACGUCGAUGCAGAGAGGACAAGAUUGGGAUUCGGAAAGUGAGAUGAGCAGACUGUGCGACCGGAACCGUGAGCUGUCUGAGGAGCUCUGCAAGUGUCGAGACCUGUGUGAUAAGCAGGCAUCUGAGAUGGUGUUGAUGCAAACAGCUCUUCGUCAGGCAGUCGAACAGGCGUCAACUGCCCGAGAGGAACUGGAGGCCUAUAGACACGAGAAGGUUUGCGCAAUGUCAGAUCUGGAGAGUCAACUGUCUGCUUCUCGUGACGAGUGUUCUGCACUACGGGAUCAAGUGUGUCGGCUUGAGACAUCGAUGGAAGAGCAUUGCAACACAGUGUUGGCGAUAGCCAGUCGAGACUGGGAGUCGCGCGUAAACGAAAUUGUGAGAGAACGCGACACAGCCAUGAAAGAGUUGUUGGAACUGCGUAGUAGGUUGGAUAUGGCAGACGAUGUGGACGCCAGGUUGGCAAAAACAGUGUGCAGAAGUGACAUGGGAACUGACGUGCUAGAUCGUAUGAUUGAACGUGAUAUAGCUUUGUCAUCAGGGUUCACUAGUGAUACGAGAGAGACUGUGAGCGUGGGCGUUGGUAAAGAUGCAGAGGACGACGAGUCGAAUUGCAUGGUUGUUGACGGUUGGAGCGACUACUCCUCAGAAUGCAUACACGACGAGCACAAGCCUAGUGUGUCGGUUGGUUCUCCGACUAGACUUGUGAGUGUGGCGACUCAAGCGACAGACAGCGUGUCUUGGUUGGCUACUGACACAUUGUCAACUUCAGGAUUUACCGAUCAGUCGACCGUAGAUCAGUCGACCAGGAGUCCAGUGGAGAUGACGAGAGAGAAGCUAGUGAGUUCAAGUUUGUGUGAAGAUGAGUCGAAUGUGGUUGGUCAACUGCGCGAAGAGUUGACGUCUUGUUAUGAACAGAUAGUGAAGCUGUCUAGAUCGGUGGAGGAGAGUGAUGCUUCGUUGAUGGAUGUCCGGCGUUUGUUGACUGUGAAGGAGAGUGAAGUGGCGGAUCUGAGAGAGGAGAAGCGUCAUUUACGAGACGAAGUGAAUGAGUUGAGGGAGACUGUAGAGGCAGAACGACGUGAUUUGGACAUGAUGCGUGCAAAUAUGGAUGUGUUGGAGAGCAAGGAAGAGGUGUCGGCGAUGAGCGUGGAGUGUCGUGGACCGAAGGUUGCUGCUGCUGCUGCUGCUGCUGCUGCUGUGGAGGAGGAGUGUGUGCAGACGGAGAUUGACGACGAAGUUUUUGACCUGGUGUCGACGUUGCAGCUCGAGGUUGCCCAUCUGCGUGAGGAAAAUGCGGCGACGUUGGCGGCUCUGGAGCGUUCACAGCUCGAGUUGAGCAUGAAACAGACCGAAGUGCAGGAACCGGAGUCACGUAUGAUGGUGAACGAGACAACUUGUUGGAUUCCUUGUGAGACUGUGAGAAAGGCGCCCGAUGUGGUUGUCCGUGAGUUGGCAGAGGUUGAUGACACAGACAGAGUGGAGGCAGACGUGUUUGCCGGAGUUCCUGACAUGCAGCUGGUGGAGACCGUUGCAAGCGACUCAGUGUCAGGCAUUGUGCCUGAUCGAAUGGACAGACAAACUACGGACUUGUGUGUUGAGGGCGUUUCGAACGAGGAAGUGGUCUUGCCCAUUCACGCCACUCAGAGUUGGACGAAACCGCCGAGUGAACAAGACAAUGACGAUCCCGAACUUGCCCUGUUGAAUACAGACAGCCUAAGAACGCGAUUGAAGGAGGCCAUGAGCAGAAUCUGCGAACUUGAGAAUGCCAAGACAGAGUUGAGUGUGCGUCUGCGUGAGCUGGAAGGCGUUAUGAUGUGUGAAGAUAAGCCGAUGGAUGUGAUGCCUCUUAGUUCUCGUGUGCCUGACCGGUCGAUGAAAGUGACGGACGAAGCUGAUGCACUGUCGAAGCACAACAAAGAGCUGAUGACAGAGGUAGACUUGUUACGAAGUAAGAUUUCAGAGCGCGUGACACUGUUGGACGAUGUGUGCAUGGAGAUGGAUGAGGUCAGAGGAUCACUGGGUUUCUUGUUGAAGCAGGUGAGAGAAUUGCGUGCAGCACAUGCUGAGGCGAAUGCUGACCGCGCCGAAAUGGCGAACAGAAUGAGUGAGUACGAACGGGUUUCACAUCGCCUGUGCGAAACAGUUGGUCGAUCCACGUCACCAGUGCAAGACAUCGACUAUGCACACGAAGGCUCGUCGACUGACCGUUGCACAUCAGACGGGUUGCGAGAGGAUUUGCAGCGUGCACUGGAUACACAAUCGUUCGAGCUGGAGGCAGUCACUGAGAAACUGAAAGAAUGUGAGUCAAUGAACAAUGCCCUGAUCUGUGAGUGUGAGUCGCUGAAGCGUCGUCUAGAGAGUUAUAUGACUGUGAUUACUGACUUGGAGAAUGAUGUGACCAAGACGAAAGCACUGUUGGCGUUUGUGGUUGACCAUAUAAGAGGUCUGCGUUCCGACUAUGGAGAUUGGUGCAGAGAGCACGAACAACGAGUGCAGGAGUGUUUAGAUGCCGUCACAACAGGGUUGUCCCAUGGUGUGGUUGAACACGUGGACCGUGAGUGUGAGACAAUGACAUGGCCAGAACACUUGGAGUCUACUGUUAUGCUUGAUAGCUUUGUGCGACUACAAGAGUCUCAUGAAGUGACGUCGAUGCAGAGAGGACAAGAUUGGGAUUCGGAAAGUGAGAUGAGCAGACUGUGCGACCGGAACCGUGAGCUGUCUGAGGAGCUCUGCAAGUGUCGAGACCUGUGUGAUAAGCAGGCAUCUGAGAUGGUGUUGAUGCAAACAGCUCUUCGUCAGGCAGUCGAACAGGCGUCAACUGCCCGAGAGGAACUGGAGGCCUAUAGACACGAGAAGGUUUGCGCAAUGUCAGAUCUGGAGAGUCAACUGUCUGCUUCUCGUGACGAGUGUUCUGCACUACGGGAUCAAGUGUGUCGGCUUGAGACAUCGAUGGAAGAGCAUUGCAACACAGUGUUGGCGAUAGCCAGUCGAGACUGGGAGUCGCGCGUAAACGAAAUUGUGAGAGAACGCGACACAGCCAUGAAAGAGUUGUUGGAACUGCGUAGUAGGUUGGAUAUGGCAGACGAUAUGGACGCCAGGUUGGCAAAAACAGUGUGCAGAAGUGACAUGGGAACUGACGUGCUAGAUCGUAUGAUUGAACGUGAUAUAGCUUUGUCAUCAGGGUUCACUAGUGAUACGAGAGAGACUGUGAGCGUGGGCGUUGGUAAAGAUGCAGAGGACGACGAGUCGAAUUGCAUGGUUGUUGACGGUUGGAGCGACUACUCCUCAGAAUGCAUACACGACGAGCACAAGCCUAGUGUGUCGGUUGGUUCUCCGACUAGACUUGUGAGUGUGGCGACUCAAGCGACAGACAGCGUGUCUUGGUUGGCUACUGACACAUUGUCAACUUCAGGAUUUACCGAUCAGUCGACCGUAGAUCAGUCGACCAGGAGUCCAGUGGAGAUGACGAGAGAGAAGCUAGUGAGUUCAAGUUUGUGUGAAGAUGAGUCGAAUGUGGUUGGUCAACUGCGCGAAGAGUUGACGUCUUGUUAUGAACAGAUAGUGAAGCUGUCUAGAUCGGUGGAGGAGAGUGAUGCUUCGUUGAUGGAUGUCCGGCGUUUGUUGACUGUGAAGGAGAGUGAAGUGGCGGAUCUGAGAGAGGAGAAGCGUCAUUUACGAGACGAAGUGAAUGAGUUGAGGGAGACUGUAGAGGCAGAACGACGUGAUUUGGACAUGAUGCGUGCAAAUAUGGAUGUGUUGGAGAGCAAGAAAAUGGUGUGUGAUAUGCUCUCUCGUCGUGUUCGUUUGUCAGAUCAACUUGGUUUUUGUGAUAAUUCUAAUGUCGUCGGUGUGCAUAGUAUAUUUUUACGUGAUGAGCUUUCUGAUCUUAAGCAGAAAUUUUCAAGAAUUUCAAUGUCUUUAGCAUUUGCUACGGAUUUUGUUGAUUUAUGUAUGAAGUUACUUUCAGUUUUUGUAAAUUUACUUUUGGAUUUAUCUAGAUUUUCAAAUACCAAUUUUGAUUGUAUAUUGUGUGCUGAUUUUAUAGAGCUUUUGUCAGAUAUUCUUUCGUUCUCAAAAUCUUCUAAUUUUGUUGAUGUUUUUGGUGAUUAUUCUAAUAGUUUGACAUAUUUCAGUAAUCUACAUGAAUUACUGUUAUCCGAUUGUCUAUCUUCCUGUAGUUUAUGUAAAAUCCAAGACGUUUGUCAUCGUAGUUUUAUAUGUAAUUUAUGUAUUCGUUGUAUUUCUUCUAUCCAACAUCCUAAUGUUUACAAUUACAUAUUAAAAGCACAAUAUCCUCACAUUAAUCCAAUGAAUGAUACCGAUGAUAAUGAUUAUGAUGAUCAUGAUCGUGAUGUGAACGCUUCUAGUGAUUUGUUAUCUGAUCAUCAUUCUAAUACAAUUUAUCCACCAUUUAUAUCACAACAAUCAAUAUCUAAUAAAACUCAACAAAUUGAUCUUGAACAUCAACUUCUUAUUGCUAAAUCAGAAAUAAAUCGAUUAUCUCAUCUAUUAUAUAAUAUAAGACUAAAUAGACAUCAUGAACAAGAAGAAGUCAAAGAAAAAGAAGAAAAAGAAGAAAAACAAAUACAAAAGAAAUUCAGUAAUGAUACACAAUUAGAAAUUGAAAAAAUUUAUUAUGAAAAUUUAUAUUUAACUAAACAAAAUAAUCAAUUAAUAAUAAUCAAUAAUCAAUUAUAUCAUAAAAUAUUGAAUGAAAUUACAAAAGAAUUAAACAUAUUCCAAUCAUUAAUCAAUAAUAAAAAAUCAAUAUCCAAUGAAGAAUCAAUUGGAUGUAAUCAAUACUUCAAAUUUAUUGAUUAUUUAUUAAAUAAUAGAAAAGAAUUAAUCAAAGAAAUUAUUGAUUAUAAAAAUAAUUAUAAUAUUAUUUAUCAAUUAUUAAUUGAAGGUUUAUAUUUAAAUAAAAUAAAUGAAUUAAAACAAACUACAAAUCAAUAUUGUUAUUGGAAGAAAGUAGAAAAUAUGAUUCAUUCUAAUAAUGAUUUAAUAUCAAGAUCUAGUUCUAUAGAAACUGAAUCCAAUGUACUUGUUCCACCACCACCACAACAACAACAAGAAGAAGAAGAAGAACAAUUAUACGAAUUCAAUAAUUCUAUAUUCCAAACUGGUCAUUGUUUACUGAAUAAAAUAAAUAAAAUCAUAUCAAAAAUUGAAAAGAUUGAAAUGAAUCUAAAUAAUUCAAAAUGUAUUCAACAACAAUUGAUUGAUUUGAAAAAAAUCAAUAAUCAAUGGAAAAUCAAUAUGAAUAUAAUAUUGAAUGAUUUAUUGAUUUUACAAAAUAAAAUCAAUAAUGAUCAUGAUAUAGCAACCAUAACUACAACAACAACAACAACAGCAACACCAAGAGAUAUCCUUUCAAUGACUUGUAAUCAUUUGAAUGAUGAUUAUUCUAUAAAUAUAUUAAAUCCAAAUGAAAUUAUGCCAAUAUUUAAUAUAUUGAUUAAAGAUUUCCAAACUUAUAUCAAUAGAAUAAAUAUUAUAGAAAAUCAAUAUAAUUUAUUAAAUGAUAAAUUAAAUCAAUUAAAUAAGGAAUGUAAUAAACUUCAUAUUGAAAUGAUUCAAUUACAAUCAUCAAUUAAUAAUGAAACAAUUAUCAUAGAUAACAUAGUAACUAAUAAUUUAGUUACUAUGUCAACUGAAUCAAUCAACAUAAGUAAUGAUAAUGAUACAGUGAAUUUUUCUAUCAAUAUAGAGAUUGAAAAUAUCAUGGAAAAAAUUAAACUAUAUACAAAUCAAUUAAAUUCUAUUAGAAAACAGAUGAUACAACAAAUAGAACAAAAGAAUACUGAACAAAUCAAAACAUUAGAUGAUGAUGAUGAUGAUGGUGAUGAAGAUAAUACUAAUGUAGAAAAUGAAGUAAAAGAAGAGAUUUACGUAUCAAAUCAAUAUAUACUUGAUAAAGAAAUAUUUUUGAACGAGAAAAGUAAAACUAUUGAAUGUAUUGAUAAUAAACAUCAGAAAGAUACUCCUAUUAUUGAUUCUACAGAUGAAGUGAUAUCACUUUUAACUGAAGUACCUAUUCCACCUGAUGUACAUUUGAUAAGUGACGAGAAACAAUCACAUGAUUCUUCUGAUGUCCGUAGAAUAGUUGAAGAAGAUUUCAAUGUAAAUGACACAGAACAAAGUUUAUCGGAUAUAAGAAGAGAUUAUUCUGGUGAAUAUAAACAUACUCCUGUUAUCGAUUCUACAGAUGAAGUGAUAUCACUUUUAACUGAAGUACCUAUUCCACCUGAUGUACAUUUGAUAAGUGACGAGAAACAAUCACAUGAUUCUUCUGAUGUCCGUAGAAUAGUUGAAGAAGAUUUCAAUGUGAAUGACACAGAACAAAGCUUACUGGAUAUAAGAAGAGAUUAUUCUACUAACGAAUUGAAAGAUACUUCUGUUAUUGAUCCUACAGAUGAAGUGAUAUCACUUUUAACUAAAGUACCUAUUCCAGCUGAUGUACAUUCUAUAAGUGACGAAAAACAAUCACAUGAUUCUUCUGAUGUUAAUAGAAUUCAUGAUAAAGAACAAUUUCAGACUAUUAUUUCAAACAAUUAUACAAAAUCUACUAACAAUACGGACCAAUAUUCACUCGACUUUGUUCUACGUUUAUUACAUUUACGUGAUACGGAACUAUUAUACAUCAUUUCAACAAAUAAUAAAUCUGAAGAAGAAGAAGAAGAAUCAAUCAACCAUAAUAAAUAUAAUCUAUCUCCAUCUAUAUUAGACAAUCAAAUUCUCAUAAAGAAACUUAAUAAAUUCUUAUAUUGGGAAAAUAUAGAUCCAAUCGAUAUAAAUAGUAUACCAAUUCAUCGUAUUAAUAUCAAUAUGUUCGAAUCAAAAGAAUCUAUUGAACAACAAAUCGAUAGAAUAUCAUCCACUUCUAAGAAUCAAUUAUUUAUAAAUGUUGAAACAAUAGAAAUGACAAAUCAAUCUACUGAUCAAAUAUCUUAUCAUGAAGAUAUGGAUUGGUAUGAACAACAUUUGUAUACGUUAGUUCAAAAUGUAUUGAAUGCAUUAAAUCAAAUGAAUCAACAUUUUCUUGAAUCGAAAAAACCAUUAUUAUCUGAACACAGACAAGAAGAGUUAAUCAAUAUCUUGACGAAAUUAUUAACAACUAUCCCAAUAAACAAUACUAUACAACAACAAACUCAUGAAAAAAAUGUUCAAAAAAGCCUUCAAUCAUCUCCCUCAUUUUCUCCAUGUUUAACAUCAUCAUUAUUAGAAGAACAUCCAGGAUGUAGUACAACUGUUACAAGUAUCACUACAACGACAACUUCAGGAGUUACUUGUUUUAUUCAAACUCUUUCAUCUAUUACACCUACUAAUACCACUACAACUACUACAUCGUUUUCACAAUCUAAACAGAUCUCUGAAAUAUCUGAUUCAUCUAAUUUAAGUUUGACAACAAAUUUAACUUAUCCAAGACGUUCAGAAAAAGCAUCAAUAAAUGAAUUAAUUAGUUCUGUGGAUCAUUUGAGAAAUUUGCAUGAAUUACGCAGUUUAGCCAAAUAUCUUUUAGAUCAAUAUCAUAUUGUUACAUCUGAACUAGACCUUCAGUCUGAUACGAAUUGGUGUUUAAGGCAGAGAUUGACAAAUGCAAACAGUCAAUUAAACCGGUUAACAGGCUUGUUAAAUAAAAGCAGUCAAGGAUUGUCAUCGAUUGAAGAAGAUUUAAGCUUAGGAACGGACAAAACUUCAUUACGUUCAGAACAUUAUGAUGGAAUACGUCAUAAAUCACUUCAACCAACUUAUACUUUAAAUAAUUUACAAGAAAAGAAUAUAACUAGUGGUCGACGUUUAAAUUUCAUUCCUUCCUCUGAUGAACAAUUGAUUAGAUCUAGUUAUUCAUCAUCUAUUCAAACAAUGGGAAAUAAAUCAAUAUUAAAAUCCAAAUCCAAAUCCAAAUCUGAAAUAUCAUCAAUGACAUCAAGAAUUAGUGAUCCUGAUUAUUUUAUAACUCAUGGAAUGUUUAUUCCAAUGAGAAUAAUGCAAUCGAUUUCAUCACAAACGGUGAAACAUAAAAAAGUAUCUUGUCUUCCACGGAACACUUUGAAUUGUGGUCCAAUUUUAAAACGUUCUCAUAAACAUCAUCAUUCUUCAUCUAUUGAUGAUACAUAUCAAUCAUUAUCUAAACCAUCCAGUCAUGAUAUUAAUGAUAAAUCCAUUGAAAUUAUUAGUAGAACAAUAACAUCAACACCAUUAUUAACAACAACAUUAACAAAUUCAUCUAAACAAUUAGAUAUUAAGAAUAAUCCAAAUAUACUAAUAUCAAAUUGGAAUGAAUUAGAGACAAGUCAACAGAAAUUACCUAAUAUAUCAAUGUCUAUAAUAAGAGAUGAUGAACAUGAUCCAAAUAAAUCUUCAUCUCUAUCAGUUUCUUCAACAAUGAAUAAUGAAAAUGAUAUAAUAUGUAAUGAAAAACAAUCAUUAUUACAUGAAUAUAAUAAUAAUAGUAGUAGUAUUCAUCAAUUACCACAGAGUUCCACAACAACAAGAACCAUUACCCCCGCCGCCGCCGCGGCCGCCGUCACCACCACCACCACAACAACAACAACAACAAGAAGUCGUUCAUCAUCCUCAACAUCAUCAUCUUUUUCAUUUACAAGUUUUCAUUCACAUCCUUAUUCUAAUGAAAGAAUUCCUAUAAAAUCAAGAAAAAUGAAAUUUCAUUCACGUUUUCUUAAUUUAUUUAAAUCUAAUUUUAAAAAAUGAUCCAUUUUUUUAAUUGUUUAGUAUUAUUAUUUUGUUGCGAUUAUCAUCGUUGUUGUUGUUGCUGUCGUCGUCGUCGUCGUUACCAUUAUUGUUGCCAUGACUCAACUAAGAGAAAAAAAAACAAAAGAAGAAUAGUGUAAAACAAUUAUUCUCAUUGUGUUUAAUUCAUGAUAAACUAUGUGUGUGCGUGUGUGUAUGUGUGUUUGUGUGUCAUUUUUCUUUUCUUUUCUUUUCUUUUUUUUUAAUUGUCAUACAAGUACCUGUGAUGUUCCUUGAUUGAAUUGAUUUUUUUUUGUAAUGUGUGCUAGUUUAUUACUAAAUUAUUCAAUCAUUCAUUUACUCAGUUGAUUUCAUACUGUUUUACACAUAGUUUAUUACAUUAUUGAUUUACUCUUAUGAUCUUAUUUUUCUGCUAUAAUAUAUACAUUGAUCCAUCGGAAAAGGGGGUGGUUUGCUUAGAUGUGUACAGUUUUCUUCUUUGUUUCUUAUAUGAAACAGGAAUUAUCGAUUAUCAUUGUUGUUGUUGGGUGUUGUUUUUGUUGUUAUGACUUAUUGUGUACUUGAUCUGAUACAAUUUCGAUCUGCUUAUCAUCAUUUUUGAAAACUGUAAACAUUGUAUUAUGUAAUAGAUUACAGAUAUAUGAUUAAAAAAAAAAUACAAAUUCAAUGAUUUCAUUAUUUAAUUAGAUGGUUCUAUUUUUUUGCUUUUAUUUGUUGUUGUUGUUGUUACUGGGGGAUAUGAACAGUUAUUUAUUUUAAAUGCUUCUAUAUAGAUGAGUAUCAUGUGAAUUCAUGCAUUUUGGAGUUGUUUUUUUUCUUUUCUAUCCAACUCAAUCGUCAUGGUUACUAUGAGAUAUAGUUAUUACAUAGUUACUGUGACAAUCUCAUUUUGUUCAGUUUAUUGUGUGUGUAUAACUAAAUUGCCAAAACUCUUGAUAGCGCCAUUUCUAUCAUCUCAUAAUUCAUUGAUUGAUUGUAUGAAGAAGGGGUGUGUGUGUACUAGGGAAGUGUUCUAUAUUUCACAGCUUUUGCCUUCAGUUAUAUAUCUAUAUUACUUUAAUCUUCUUUCUUUUUUUCUUCAUUUAUUCAUCCAUUUUCAUAAUAUUUCACGAAUCUAUAUUUUAUUUUAUUGUUUAAAUAAUGUUCAUAGGCAUAACGAUUAGAAAUUACAUUGUUUCUUCUUUAUACCUAUGAUCAAUGUUACUUUCAAUGUUUUACGGUGUUAAAGCGUGUAGCUAUGUCGUUUUUUUUUUUGUUUAAUGCUUAGAUCAAUAUUGUGUAUCUCUCUGUGUGUGUAUCCGUGUGUGUGUGUGUGUGUGUGAGAUCUUGAUCUGUUUUUGUUUUCUCAUUAGUUAAACAUUGACAUCAGAUCAUUGUUAUGUAACAGUUUUAGGCUGUGAAUAUGAACAUUUGUCAUCAUUAUUAUUGUUGUUACUUAUUCUUGUCACCAUCAUCAUCAUUUCAUUUUCAUUAUUCAUUUCAUUCGUUCAGAUUCAGUAAAUAAAUAAAUAAAUAUCUUCUGGAU